UGUGAACGUUCAACAUGGAAACUCGAACUUCCUUUCAUCAGAGAGAGGAGGAGCAAAAGGAAGAGAGACAGCGAAGCUUGGAAAUGACGUCCAGAACAAGAAAGACUAAGUUCAAGUCCAGUGAGGAAGAAGAGACCUUCACCCUUUCAGAGUUAUCCAUAGCAGCUGCCCUCGCCUUAACCUCAGAAAUAUCACAGGAUCCCAAGGUGAGGAGAGAAACUGCCAUCCUGGAACUGGAGAAAAGGGGACAGAAGAGAGUUCGAUUUGGAAAUGAAAUGGAAAAGCUGGAAAAGACUGUCAUUAGGAACUGCAGACUCCUGCGUGUGAGAGCUGACCGCAAGGCCCUUCGCAGGAAGGCUCUAGAGAAAGCUCGCCUAGAGAAAGAAUACAUUGAGCUGAGAUCAGCCCGGCCACCCAUGUUCUGGAUCCCGCUUCGAGUUCAUGGAGUCUGGGAAAGAAUGGAAGUGAAGCUCACUUGCACAGUCCUGGCUUCCCCCCCACCACAGGUUACCUGGUAUAAAAAUGGAAUUCCUAUUAACUUCCGACUGGCUCCAGCAGGAAAAUACAGGAUGCAGAACAAGUUUGGCACACUCACGCUCUAUAUCAGCAGAUGUUCUAUGGAAGAUUCUGCUGAAUACAGUGUUGAAGUUAAAAACCCUUAUGGUGAGGCCUAUUCAUUUGCUUCGGUGCUUGUCAGACAAUAUUAUGGGAAGAAGUCAGGAUUUGAUUCAGAAAUAUAUAAAAGAUCACUCAUUGGGAAAGAGGCAGAUUUUGCCUUUGCACUGAAACCCUUGUUCUCAAGAGAGAAGGAACCUUUCACCCUCUCCUGCUACUUUUCUUCUGAUUUACUUGAGCAUCAACGGGACAUCAGCUGGUUCAGAGAUGGCAAGUUGAUGAAGGAUUCCAAACAUCAGCAAAUAAAAUGCUGGGAUCGUGAGGCUUCUCUGACUGUGCCGUGUGCUUACAAAGAAGAUGAGGGAUUCUACACUAUCCGUGUCCCUACACUGGAUGGAUACAAUGAACAGAGUGCUUAUGUAUUUGUCAGAGAUGCUGUGGCAGCAAUGGCUGGCGCCCCUGGAUCCCCACUCAAUGUGAAGUGCCAUGAUGUGAAUAAAGACUGCCUGAUCCUUUCCUGGGUGGCACCCAGUAACAGCGGAAGAAGUCCAGUCUUUGGAUACUAUAUUGAAAGGUGUGAGGCAGGCACAGAUGACUGGGUGCCAUGCAAUGACAAGCCUGUGAAAGCCUGCAGAUGUCCUAUUGGGGGCCUGGUUGAAGGAGCGACAUACCAGUUCCGAGUUAAGGCUGUCAAUCACACAGGCAUCAGUCAUCCUUCAAAGGCCAGUGACCCAGUUACAAUGAGAGACCCCAAUGAGGACAAAAGAGUGAUGACCAUCCUUUAUGAUGAUGGAAAGAAAAUAGACAUUUCCAAAGAUGAACUGGAAGGAAAGAUUAAAAUCCCCCUGCCACCCACCAAUGUCCACGCAAGUGAGAUCAGAGAAGAUUACGUGGCCCUCGCUUGGGAUGAACCAGAUCCUAGGGGCAGGGAGCCACUGACUUACUAUGUGGAAAAGUCAAUUGCAGGGAGCAACUGCUGGCAAAUGGUUAAUCUGGAUAUCCCCGUGGCAUCCCCAAGAUUUGCAGUCUUUGAUCUUGUUAAAGGAAAAUCCUACUGUUUCCGUGUGAGGUCUGUUAACAAAUAUGGCGUGAGUGAGCCGUCCCUGCCCAGUGAGCCCGUAUCUCCUGGAACAAAAUUAGCUCCCCUUCCACCUCCCUCUCAGGUCCUUGCCUUCAGAGACACCAAGACGUCUGUUGUUGUGCAUUGGGAUAAGGUGAAGGAGGAGGAGGCCAUUGGCUAUUACAUAUAUUGUCGGGAGACUGGAACAGAAGAAUGGCAAACUGUCAACAAUAAACCAGUGACAUGUGACAAGUUCACUGUUCCUGGACUCCAGACAGGGAAGGAGUAUGAGUUUUGUGUGAAAACUGUCAGUGAAGCAGGACUGAGUGAAAGCUCACCAAAAUCUGAUCCCAUUAUUGUCAGGCCAGCUAUUGCUUGUCCAUCAGCACCACGUGACUUUGCCCUGUUGAGCUGUGGGAAGAAUGAUAUGGUCAUUGGAUGGAAACCCCCAAAGCACAAAGGGGGAGGAAAGAUUCUGGGCUACUUCCUGGAUCAGCAUGAUGACUCUGAGGAAGACUGGCAUGAAAUCAAUAUUAAGCCUAUUCCCCAACGAACCUAUAAGGUGACCAACCUCGAAAAAGGGCACUCCUAUGAGUUCCGUGCUUGUGCAGUGAAUAUGGCUGGAGUUGGGAAAAUGUCUCAACCUAGUGACUUAUUCAAAUGUGAGGAAUGGACCAUGCCACAGCCAGGACCCCCCUAUGAUGCGAGGUGCACUGAAGUGCGAGACACAUCCCUGAUGCUACGCUGGGAAGCACCAUUGUAUACUGGAGCAGGUCCAAUCACUGGCUAUCACAUAGAAGUGUGUGAAGAAGGGUCAGAAGAAUGGAAGCAAAUAAAUAAGCAGCCAGUAUCCAGCACCCACAUGAGGGUUUCUGACUUGGAGACAGGGAAAUGCUACAUUUUUCAAGUACGAGCACUGAACAAAGCAGGGGCUGGUCCUCCUUCAGUUCCCUCAGAUCCUGUGGUGGUUAAAACCAAACCAGGCAUAAAUGAGAUUGAACUUGGAGUGGAUGAAGACGGAUUCAUUUACAUGGCCUUUGAAACUCCUGAGAUGUGUGAUUCCUCUGAGUUUAUUUGGUCAAAGGAUUAUGAGGGACCUCCAGAUCCUGACCGAGUUAGGACUGAAGAUCAAGAUAACAAAUCUAAGCUCAUACUGAAGGAUCCAUCAGAAAAGGAUCUGGGGACAUAUUCAGUGGAAGUAACAGAUGUGGAUGAUGAUAUCUCUGCCAGCCAUACUUUAACACAAGAAGAACUGGACAACCUGCUGAAACUUAGCCAUGAAAUCAAAAACCCGUUGAUUAAGCUGAUUUCUGGGUGGAACAUUGAUGUUCUUGAGAAAGGGGAAGUGCGGUUGUGGUUGGAGGUUGAAAAGCUGUCACCAGAUGCAGAGCUACAUUUAAUCUUCAAUGAGAAGGAGCUUACAAGCACUCCGACACAUAAGAUAAACUUUGACAGAGCAAAUGGCCUCAUAGAAUUGAUAAUCCAGAACUUCUGUGAAGAUGACAAAGGGACAUACACAGCCCAACUACAAGAUGGAAAAGCGAAGAACCAGUUCACCCUAGCUCUUGUUGAUGACACUUUUGAUAAAGUAGCAGAAGAGGCUGCUGCUAAGCGGAGAGAAUGGAAGAAAAAGCAAGGACCUCAUUUUAUAGAGAAUUUGCAAUGGAAGGUUACUGAGGACUGUGAAGUGCUACUUACUUGCAAGGCAGCAAACUUGAGAAAGGACACCAGCUUUGAAUGGUUCUUCAAUAAAAAAUCACGAUCAGGUGGUCAGUUUGACCCAGAGACUGGGACUGGAGUUCUUCGGAUUAAAAAGAUUACCAAAGCGGAUGAGGGAAUAUACAGAGCAGUUGUUUCUGAUGACCGAGGAGAAGAUGCUACCGACCUUAAUCUCACUAAAGAAAGGUUUGAAGAUCUUCUCAAAGAGGUUUGCAGAAUCAGUGCCCUCUCUGCUACACCUCUGAAAAUCCAGCCAACUGCAGAAGGUAUCAGACUCUACACUGAAGUGAAGCACUACACUGACUACAUGAAAACAACCUGGUAUCACAAGGAUAAGCCACUAGAAAGUGGUGAGAGGCUAAAAGCUGGGAGUACAAUGGAUCAGAUCUGGCUUCAUAUACUGAAUCCCACAGAUGCAGACAAGGGGAAAUAUACCCUGGAAUUAUUUGAUGGGAAAGACUCUCACAAACUAUCAACCGAUUUGUCUGGACAAGCUUUUGCUGACGCAAUGGCUGAACAUCUAAGGCUAAAGGAAGCAGAAAUAGCAGAAAAGUAUCGUGCCAGAGUUGUCCAAGGUCUGCCAGAUGUUGCUACUAUCAUGGAGGAUAAGACCCUGUGCUUGACUUGUUGCAUCUCUGGCGACCCUUACCCAGAAAUCACAUGGUUCAAAAAUGAGAAGGUAAUUGUCUUUAAGGAUCGUUACAAAAUAGAAGUGAAGGGAACAGUUGUCACAAUUACCAUUGAGAGAGUCUGCAGUGAUGACACAGGAAAAUACAGCAUAUUUGUUAAGAAUAAAUAUGGCUCUGAAACAGGGCAGGUUACAAUCAGUGUAUAUAAGCAUGGAGAGGAACCAGAAGCACUACAGGGAAAAUAACUUCCAUCAUACACCAAAACACUGAGUUUUGAAGGGGAUUAAACACUGAAUGCAAGGCAUCUAACUCCCUAGGGUUCCUUUGAACAUCUCAGUACUAAAAUUGAGACCACUAUUUCUCUUUCCUGGCAUUAUCCAAGUAUAAAAUAAACACAUUCAGAGUGCUGUUUGCUGGAAAAUGUAGCAAACUAAAGUGAUUUCCGGUAAGAGAAAUGAAACAAGCCCUUCAGUAAAGCAUCUGCAAAAAUCUAGAGAAAUCCUUCAAAACUUCACUUAAGUAUUCUAGCCUAAACCUACAAAAUGACAUAAGCUCCUCAUAAAGGGCAUCUCUUUUCAGCUUACUGCACUGUGUGGGAUAGAGGAGUGGUAUACAGGAACUUUAUUUUUAAUAUCUUUUCAUAUUAAAUCUCUCUGUUAUUGAAUAUCCUGUAGCAGGUAAUUUUUGCGUGUGUUGUUAUUAAACUUAUCCCUGCUGAGCCACAAUUCAGCAGUCCUCCAGGAUAUGCCUAGUUUGAUGUUAGUAGACCUACUCAUGUGCUUAAAGUUAGGUAUAUUCCUAACUUCACUGAAUCAAGAUCCUAAUGCAUUCAUGUUUACAGUGCUAAGUCAUGUAGAAGUAAAGUAAACUAGCGUUUUUAAGUCUCCAUUGGCUAUACUGAGGAAUGUGUGGGCUAAUGCUGUGUCUGCCACUGUACUGUGGGAUCAUAAAUACAUAUGCCCCACAGCUGAUAUUUCACUAUGGCAUACUGUAGACAGUUAUGUUGUGGAACACCUGUGCACAGCUAGGUGAACAAGGGUGGCAUUCUGUUCCUUCCUAAGUGUCCAUUUUUGGCACCUGUGCAUCCAGGGGAAUUCUAUUCCUAGGUCUAUAUGGAAAACUACACAAUCAUGCAGAGUGGUACAGGACAGCAGAAACCAUCUUUUUCACCAAGGAGUGGCUGGAGCUCUCACUUGGAAGUAAGAGGUCCUGUAUUCUGCCCCACCCCCCUUACCCAAUGCGAGUUUAAACCCAGGGGUCUCCAACUUCCUAGCACAGCACUCGUACCACCACACGAUAGAUCAGUCAUUAUCCACAGUUCUUUUUCUGGCACAUCUUAUAAAGCUGGCCCUCUGGGCAGCCAUGACAGGGUGAUAUGUGGGGCCAGGAGAGUCGAGCAUUGAAGGUACGUGGCUCAGUGAGGUGAACACAUGCACCCCAUUUUGUUUCUGAGGCUAAGCCUGGUAGUUACAGCUUUGGGCCAAUUCCAUUUUCAGGCAUGUAAGUGUGCCUCCAUAAGGGGCAGUCAUAUGUCUUAUGGCUGCUACUGCACAUACUGAGUCUGCAUUCCCACAUGUCGUUCAGUCGUCUAUGUGUGCAGGGCUGUGUGUUCAGGAUUUCCCCUGGGCAUGUAAAUGCCAAAAAUGCUCUGAAGAUAGCCAAAAACCAGCCACUUAUGACCAGGAAAGAAUAGAAUGUCUCCCCAAAUGUCUUGAUCUGUUUCUGUGCCAGAUUCAGCUCAGAACAGAGUAGCAUAAGCCCAGACAUUCCUGACUGAGAAGUUGAAAGUUUGAAAAACAUUAAAAAUAUUUUUACACGUUUCACCUAAAUAAACUGUGCUAUCUACUUGUGUCCUUGAGCAUGUAUUUGUAAGAUAUAAGCAAAGCCUUCUGUCCUACAUGGUGUAACUGCCUCCCCAUUUACAUCAAAAACUGGUGAUUUGACUUUGCAUAAAUAACAAUUUGUCUGUUGGGUUAGACCAAGUGACAAGCUUAUGCAGCGAUAAACUAUUCUGAGAACUGUGACACAUGCCAACCUUCAAACAAAAGCUUGGUUUCUAUGCUGAUGAAAUCCUGAUGAGCUAAAAGCUCAUUAUUUUCUUCAUUUUUUUUAAAUUUAUGAGAAUGAAGUGAAAGAAGUUGUGUCACAUCCACAAUAGGUUUUUUUAAAUACAACAGUUGGAAGCAUCAGAAACAUAAUCAACUUUUUCUGAGAACAUGUGAUUUUUAUAUGUCAACCAUGAUAUUUGUAAUGUAUCUGUUUUGAAAGCAGUUUAUUCCUUGAACAAUGUAAAAAGGAAGGACAAAACAUGACAAUAGAAAUCUAAAGGAAUGUAAUAAUCCUGGUUGCAUGACAUUUACCAUGUUUGACAGCUAGUAUUUCUAACUUACCCACACUUUCAGAAGAGGUUUCCAUAGCCACUGUUUUAUUUGUUAGCAUUGAUCAAGGAUGGUGCUUGCCUUUUGUACUAUAGCUGAUACUUCACUUUAUGUAGUGUAUGCUAAAUAAAAAAUGUAAACUUGACAACAAUAUGUGAGUCAUAUCUAAAUACAUCUUUGGAAGACUGUUUAAAAACAUGUAGGGAUGUGUGUGUGGCUGGGUGUGCCGCUGGGUGAGAAAGAAGAAAAAAACUGUUCUUAUUUGAAGACAACUUCCCUAUUACUAAUUAAAUUAAACAGACUGUUUCAAAUGUAUGAUCUCCAUAUCAGAGUUAUAAUACCUAUUAUUGUUCUUGAUGCUUGGAAGCAGAUUUUAUCUUGAUAGGAUUAUACACAGGUACUGACACCAGAAUUUGGGCUGCAGUUGGUAUUGGUUCAGGUACUAGCUUCAAAUAAAGAAUCAACAAAUAAGAUAAAGGAAAAACAGGACUGAAGCAGAGCAAAGGCUUAGUGAAAAUGGGCAGAAGACUCCACCCCUCCAGAACUUGGAAUAGAACCCAGAAUUUCUGAAUCUUGCGUCUUCUGUAAGCAAAUAUUUGUUAAACCUACUGGCAAAGUGACCCGUUCUCUUUGUAUGUUGGCUCAUUUAGAGACUGGAAAUCUAUUGUUGUCAUUUACCCCAUUAGCUCAUAUGGCAGAGGUCUGUUCAGUGGAUUUACAGGUUCCAGCUCUGCUGAUAACCCUCACGCAUGUCAGAAAUUCCAUCAAGUCAUCCUGCUGUUUCGAGGAAUGUACACACAAUAAGUACAUUGCAGAAACAUUAUUAAGAUUGCAUGAUUACCUACUAUUUUUUCCAAUUGAAAGCUGCUUCAUAUCACAUAUGCACAAAGGUGCUGACUGAAGGUUCACUGGUAAUUGUAAUUCUGGCAUUUUCCAGUUAAGUCCUAGGCUUUGGAACCUUUUUGUUGUUUUAAUACUGCGUACAUGUGUGUGGCUGUAGACAGGUCUUUAUAUUUAAGCUAGUUUGCUAUUAUGCCUGCAGUGAAAUUUGUAUAGACAGACUUCCCAAACCUGUCGAGAUUUGUUGGCGGGACUGGGGCAUUAAGGAGUCAUUUUAAAUAAAGCUGGUUUUGAUGUUUAUUA